UUGUCAUUGUAAACACAAACGUAUAGUAAAUAAACAAUCGUUUAUAUAUGUUUUUAAAUUAAGUAAUGUAUGAAUGCAAUCAAUAAUUUCUUAAUAUGAUUAGGUUCGACUAAAUUUAUUUGUGUAACCUGGUCUACAUGGUCGCGUCAAUUUAAACAUGAAGUGCUUACAUUUUAUUGCUUUUACAGCAUUAUUCGCAUGUUUAUCUGCAUCUAGAGUACUUGAAUUAAGUGAUAAAUUUUCCGAAAUUCGUAAAGACGGAGGUUAUUGGUUAGUUAAGUUUUAUGCACCGUGGUGUGGUCACUGCAAAAGACUAGAACCAAUAUGGUUAAAUGUUGCACAAACGCUUUACAGGACCAAUAUAAGGGUAGGAAAGAUUGACUGCACCCGUUUUCCUACUAUUGCAAAUGAAUUUGCUAUUUCUGGUUACCCAACAAUAAAAUUCAUAAAACCUAAUGAUGACAUUACUUAUAAUGGUGAUAAAACAAAAGAAGACAUCAUUAACUUUGCUAUCAGAAUGGCUGGACCUCCAGUACAAGAGGUUACAAGGGCAGAGAGCUUAGCAAACCUUAAAAAUAUGAACCAGUUAUUCUUUAUGUAUGUUGGUUACCAGGAAGGCCCCUUGUGGGAUGCAUUUUUUGAAGUAGCCUCAAAAAUGCAACAACAUGCCUUCUUUUACACAGCAAGUAAUGAAAUUGCUAAACAACAUGUUGACAUUGAAGAAUUGCCAGCUGUAUUCGUACAUAAGGAAAAUGUGCAUUUUUUUAAUCCAAUUGAACAUGGAAAUGGACUGCAGGAAGCUAACCACUUAAAUAAAACAAUGUUCAAAUGGAUAAACGAAGAAAGAUUUGAAAUAUUCCCGAAGGUUACCAGAGGGAACAUACAUCAGUUAAUUGAAACCAAGAAAUAUCUAGUUUUGGCAGUUGUAGAAGAAAAUGUUUUACAUGAACUGUCUGCUGAAAUGUUAGAAUUUAGGAACAUGGUAGAGAGUCUGAUCAGGAAGAAAAAGGAUAAGUACCAUAAAAACUUUCAGUUUGGUUGGAUAGGAAGUCCAGCAUUGGCAAACACAAUUGCAAUGCAAGUUUUGCCUUUACCCCAUUUAAUAGUGUUAAACUCAACAACCAAUCAUCAUCAUAUUCCAGAAGAUGAUCCCACUGAACUGACUGUUGAAGCAAUAGACAUUUUUUUGGAGCGAAUAUACAACCAAACAAUUCCUGCGUAUGGUGGGAAUGGAUUUUUGGUUAAUUUGUACAGAACAUAUUUUGAAGCCAGCACUGCUAUCAUCAACAUGUGGACCGGUAAUCCCGUAUUAACAACUGUACUAUUUGGAUUACCCAUGGGUUUUCUGUCACUCAUAAUGUACUCCAUAUGUUGCGCAGAUAUAUUGGAUGCUGAGGAGGAAGAUGAUGAAGAUCAACACGAAAAAAGGGAUUAAACUUUAGAAACGACGGUUCUAGUCAAAUCAAAGUACUUGCAUUGUAUAAUGCUUUUAAAUGAUACUAUUAUUAGUUAUAGACACACCUGUACAGGAUAGCUUUUCAAAUUAGAUAAUUAAAAGAUUUUUCAUUUUAAUUAAUUUUAAUUGCUACUCUGUACCCAUAUGUUAAAUAUUUUUAAAGGAACUAGUCCGUAAAUUAUUUUAUGUUCCUAAUAAAUUUAAAUGUGCAGUAUUUUAAAUGUACGUCUGUCAGUGUAUUCUUGGUCAAAAGUAUUGAAUAGCGUUAAAAUUAUUUGGAAACAAUUUAUAUAUCUUUAACAACUAGUAGAAACAAUUUUUUUAAUUUAAAUAUUUCAAAAUUUAAACUAAAUAUUUUAUAAAAUUUAUUUUUAAUGAACUCUUUAAGUUUGAUUGAAACACUAGAAAUUUCAAACUAUUGUUGUGAAUUAUAGCAAAAAUAGUAUCAAAUAUACAGUUUAUAUUUUGUGAUAGUUAUAUUUAAUAUUUUUGACUGUUCAGUAUUUGUAUUUUUUGUAAAAUAUAAACCUAGCAAAUCAGUUAUUAAUUGUGUGUGACUGUAUUAGAUUACAAUAAUGUAUUAUUUGGGUGUUUUAUCUAUGUGAUUUUAAUUAAAAUAUUUAAUUAUUGCUCUACAAGGAUUGAGUCAAAUCAAAAUUCAAAGGACUGUGGUACUAUUUAGAAAAUUGUGAGUUACAAAGCAAAUCUUCUAUUAACAUUAAUUAACAUUACCAAUAGACAAUUUCUAAAAAUAUUCUGAUACGUUUAUCUGUCAUAUUUUAUGUAAAAUUAUACAGUUGGAUAAGUAGAUAUCAGCAUAUUAAAUCUAGCAAUAUCUCAAAAACUUUGUCUGUGAUUUUUCAUUAUUUGUUUGAAACAAUUAAAUAUAUUACUAAUUAACACAUAAAACCAAAAACAUUCAUAAUUCUUGAAGACUAUUUUUAGAAAUUUAUUAUAUCAUUUCGUAUGAUGAUUUGUAUGUGCCAGUAAUUUAAAGUUUCUAAACAAAGGAUUUGUUGGAGUAAUUUAACUUAAUUAGUUCCAAUUGAUUGUAUUGUCACAACAAUCCUAGUGUUAAAUCCUUAUCACUUUAAAAUAAACAGAGUUUAACCAUUAGACAUCAAAUUUAUGCAAUGUUUUUUGACUUAUUUAUUAUGUUUUAUAUGUUAAUGAUUAAUUUUAAAAUUACAAAUUUAUACCAAAGAACGAAAGAAAGGAAGAACUUGACGAAUUAUUUUUGACUUACUUAGUUACUUUUAACCCAAUGUAGUUUCGUAAAUUGUUCUCUUUGUUUAUAAUUAUAAUGCCACGUUACUAGCCUUGUGAGCCGACAUUUACAUAUUAAGAUGUAAAUAGUUCAUAUACGGGUAAUUUUUUCUUUGAUAAGUAUUUCAAAAUUGAUAUACAGUACCAUUGUAAAGUAAUUGUGAAUAUAUAUGUUUUGCUAAUUUGUCUUUGUUUAAAAUAAAGUGAUUAUUAAUA